CAGCUUGUUAAAGUAAACAAUGUUGAAUAAUUGGAAGAGACAGAAAAAGAGAGGAAGAGACAAAAACUCAAUCAUGGGGAAAGUGAGAGUUUUGCGGAGACACAACACACGAGAGCUCGAACGUGCUCGAAAGGAUCAGUUUAUCUGGAACUGUUCGCCGAGGAAGGAAGAUACAAUGUAUAUCGAGUGCUUUCUUCUCUUGAAACUCUCUUCUCUCGCAACCAUGUUAGCAGUACACGAUUAUCGUGAUGUAAACGGAUCAAUUGUACCGCCACAUACCAAUCGUACUUCGAUACUUCAUCCCGCUGUGAUGUCCAAAAGAGAAACGGAAGAAUCAUCGGACGGAAGCCGGAUAGAUUUUCAACUAAGGAAUCAUCGGGGACCAGGAACGUAUAUAUUCGGCUUCGAUACUGGACGUGGAAAAAGUCGGCAGUACAGAAUUGAGGAGCGUCUGCAAAAUGGAAGCGUCAAGGGACGAUAUGGCUUUUACGAUCCGAAAGGAAAGCUUAGAAUUAUCAAUUACAUCGCGGAACCCAGCAACGGUUAUCAAGAGCGACAUCACGAAACUAUCACUUCCAAACCUGAAACUUAAUAUAUUUUAAAUAUUCCCCCCCCCCCUCUCUCUCUUCACUCUUCUCACCCACUAUAUUAAGUAAUAAAUUUAUAUGUAUUGAAAAUUCUAGGAUAAUCAAAACAUUUGACAAUUGUUACAAGUUUUGAGAAUUAUAUACAACUAUAUAUAUAUAUAAAGUUUCGGAAAAAAAUAAAUACGGUACGUGUAUGAAUAUAUCCUGCAAGUAAUCGCUAAUGGCAUCUUGGGAUUAAACCGUUUAUUUAACAAUAACAGUCGCUAUAUAAGAAAAAAAUGCCAACGCAAAAAAACAUGUAAAUUUUAUAUCAAUAAUACCAAGUAAAUAUAUAUGUAUAAGUACCUCUAUAUGUACACACAUGUACAUAUCAUAUAGAGUUACGCAUACGUGUUAGUCUGUGUGUAUUUGGGUGUGUGUGUGUGUGUGUGUGUGUGUGUGUGUGCGCGC